AUGCAACAAACACAAUUAAUUGAACAAGUUCUGGCAAAAUAUCCAUUCCUUAUAGAUAUAGGAGACGACCAAGGGGGCAAUGCAUUACAGUCCGCAGCAGGUUCUGGGGACAAACGUGCAUUUAAUCUUCUGUUAAAGUUUGGCUUUGAUCCAUAUAAAAAAGAUCGAGACAAUGGUCACACUGUUCUUACCUGUGCUUGUCAGAAUGGAAGGACAGACAUGGUGAAAUACCUUAUUGAGACAUACCCUGCAUUACUCCAGGAAAACACAGAUAUUCGUGGAAAAAGUCUUUUGUAUUGGGCAGCUUUCAGUGGGAAAACAGAUAUGUUUAAAUAUAUGCUAAGCGUCUUUCAGAAUGAAAAUAUAUUACGUAUAUCAAGGUACAAUAAACCCAAGGUAGAUAAAAAAAAUAAUUCAGGUCAAUCUAUCUUGCACAUUGCAUGUAAAAAAGGUCAUUAUGAUAUGAGUGAAUAUCUGUUGAGUAGAUAUCCUCAGUUACUGGAUGUUCGUGACAAUAAUGGGGAAAAUGUGCUCCAUCAUGCAGCUCAAGUAGGCAACGUAGAUCUUUUCAAGUAUCUAUCAAGUAAAGGAUUAAAUGUCAAUGAUACAACAAAUACUGGACAGACUGUGUUACACAUAUGUUGUGCUAUGGGUAAAGAGGAAAUGUGUAGAUAUCUGGUUAAUAUGUAUCCAUGUUUAAAAUCUGUUAGAGAUAAUAACGGAUUGACAGUGUUACAUUCAGCUUGUAUAGGAGGAAGUUUGGAAAUUGUUUCGUUUCUUAUAGAAAAAGGAUUGAAUGUCAAUGCCUUGUCUAAUGAUGGUAAAAGUAUUUUGCAUAGAGCCUGCCUCAGUGGGAAAUUUGAAAUUUGUGAGUACUUAGUUGAGAAUCAUUCCCAUCUAUUAGAUGUCAGGGACAGAUAUAGUAACUCAGUGUUGCAUGAUGCAGCCUGGGGAGGCAAUGUUCAAACAUUAAAUUAUUGA